ACGAGAUUAUGGUAUUGUUCUUAUUCCAGGAGCAUGGAUUCUGCGGGCUCCCAGGACAAGAAGCCGAUCCCCAAGUUUUCCAGCUUCAAACCCAAGCCCGCACCGAAACCAGAAGCGGACAAGACACGCGAACACCGUAGGAGGGAGUCGCCAGUCUCUGGGAGACGCGAGCAUCAUGAACCUUCCAGACACCGAUCGAGACACCGGAGCCAUAGGCAUCGCUCGCGAUCGGUAGAGCGAAGCCCUGACCGUGGAAAACCCCGCCCAACUUCCAGGAAACAGGACUAUACGUCUUCCGAUCAUCACGACGUUCUACUUAGCGCGAACGUUUCCGUAAAGGGAGAAGAUGAUUCUAAUCUUUUUGUGGUGGAUCGCAAGGGUGAUAGGUACAAUAUCACAUAUGGCACACUGCACCGUUAUAGCGUCCCGCAGUACCAUCGUAUUGGACAAGGAAGUGUACUGGGUCUGCCACCCAGCUAUAAAAUUGAUCGUGACGCCGCAGAUGGGGCUGCAUUGGUUAUAACUGCAGAUACGCUGCGCGGAGAUUCGUCGAGAUCUAAGAUUAGGUCUACAUUGUCCAAGUUGAAUCGACAGCAACCUCGACUGCUACGGAUACGCCGGCUUAAGGAAGCAGACCCGACAGAGGCCACAAGAGACUUCUUGCCGUUGAGCUCCAGUGGGAGCCGAAAGCGAAGGAAGAUACUCGGUACUUCAGAUUCAGAAGAAAGUGAUAGAUAUGCGUACCGGUCCAUUGAAGGCAAAGCAAAACCGGGUAAAGAUCUUCCGAGUGACCUGGAGGAGGCGUCGGACUCAGACAGUGGAGAGGAAGGGAGGCGGAUUGACCCAGACGAAGAAAUAAAGCAACACAAUAUCCAAUUGUCCAGGACUGUGGAAGACCAUCCGGACGAUGUUGACGCAUGGCUUCGAUUGAUCAAUCACCAAGAUGCUCUCCUCGCCGGGGUUGGACGUGAUGCUCGAACACUUAGUUACGCUGAGCAAAGAAGCUUGGCUGAUAUAAAAUUGUCACUGUAUGACAAAGCUCUGAGGCGCGUCGGUCGCAACCCGUUGAAAGACCGCCUGCUCCUGGGCUUUCUUGAAGAGGGAAGAAAGCUGUGGGAUACGAAGAAGCUUUCAACACAGUGGCAUUCCGUGUUGAAAGCAAAUCCAGGCUAUAUAAGCCUUUGGGUUAAAUAUCUGGACUUUCGCCAAACAGAGUUCUUGGAUUUUACAUAUGACAAAUGUAAAGGGACUUUUCUCGAGUGUAUGAAACUCAAUUCCUCCAGUCUCGAUAACCCUGAGAAGGCCAGAAUCCAGACCUAUUUGUUUCUCCGUAUGGCUGUUUUCAUGCGUCAAUCCGGAUUUGCAGAACAUGCUGUCGGUCUCUGGCAGGCAAUAUUGGAGUUUGUAUUCUUCAGACCGGAAGUCUUCAACGGGAGUGACGACCUCCAAGCGGCACUAUCAUCUUUCAUGGAGUUCUGGGAAUCAGAAGUCGCGCGAAUCGGAGAACUGGGAGCGAAAGGUUGGAAAAGCGGUAACAGUACAGGCGUCCAGCCUCAGUCAACCAUUGCAAAUUCUCGAAUCCAUCGGAAACGCGUAUUUGGUUCGUGGCUUGAGUGUGAAAAGGAUCGGGAGAUGAAUGCUCGUUUACCAGCCCGCGUGCUUGAUGAGUUCGAGGAGGACGACCCGUACAGGGUAGUUCUAUUCUCGGACCUGCAGGACUUUCUGACACUCUUCUGGAACCUAGCAUCUAGAGAGGUGUUGAUCGACGCUUUUGUGCACUUCUGCUCCCUUCCAGCGAUAUCAACGACAGAAAACACAGAAGUAUGCAGGCACUGGUGCGGGGAUGCGUUCUUGCGGAAUGAGCUUGUCGAUAUAUCAGGCCCUACGUUGGAUGAGUGGCUAUGCGAUUCUUCUGCUAAUGAUAAUCCAAUGAUAUGGCCAUCAUCAUCUAUCCCGGGCAACUAUGUGCAUACUUUGGAUACGCUUCUCUCGGAUAAAGACUCGUGGUUUGACUCUCUAAAGCUCUGGCGAGACACAGUCCUCCACGGUAAGGCCAAUCUGGAUCCUGACUGGGUUCGACGGACAAUUCGAGGUUUAGUAGAUGCAACCCCGGGACAUGAUCUUCUUCCUCAAUACUCUCUUGCUUUAGAAUACGCAUUCGAUUUCAAGGAAGCAAGGAAAUAUGCAAAGUCUCUCCUCAAACGAUCGCCGUCGAAUGUGCGACUUUACAACGCCUACGGGCUGAUCGAGCUGCGAUCUGGAAACGCUGUAACUGCCGAGAAAGUCUGGAUGACGACUCUUUCGAUGAGUAGAGAUUUCUCGGACACAGAAAAACUCAGUUGUGCCCUGCUCUGGCGCACAUGGAUUUGGGAGUGUCUACAUGGCGCGGAAGUAAACAAAGCAAUCAGGUUGCUCUUGUCUAUUCCCCAGAACGCCAUCAGCGUCUCCAAUUUGUCCGCAUCUGAAGAACGCAUGGUGAUCAGUCCCGCGGAGUUCCUGAAAACACAAAGGUCUCUCUCCGAAGGCCAAGAGCAGGCCCUGGCCAUGCGAAAUGCCGAGGUUUUCGUGGCCUACACCGAAUGCUUGGCAAUUCUUAAGUAUCUUUCAUACGAUUUGAGCAUUGACGAUGCCAUCACAAUAUUCAGCACAGCUUUUGAACGCCUGGGAAAGCUGCCACCACAGGCGACUUCUUUCGUCUCAUUUGCAACCGAGUUGCUACACCAGAUGCGAGCAAAGCUCCUUUAUUAUCACACCAGAUCACGCAGAGCAUACAAGCCAUCGCAGAUUCGAGGGUUACUAUUAGAAAGUAUCUCCCUAUUUCCACACAAUACCAUAUUCCUCAACCUCUUCGCCUGGAACGAGUCACGGUUCCGUAUCGAAGAACGGGUUAGAGACGUGAUUCAUGAAAUCACUGCACAGGGACGAAAGGGGCAAAGCCAGUUAAAUAAGCAGGCCGUUCCAGUGACAUCUCACUUCUUUGCCGUCUACGCAGAGCUCCAUCGACCUGUUUUCUCAGGCUCCACGAUUCAUUCUGUGCGAGCAGCCUUUGAAAAGGCGAUCAGCGACCCGACUCUAAGGUCCGGGACCUCGAGCAGCAGUCCCAUCCAUGAUCCUUCCUCUUCUCACUCGAAUAUCUCUCUUUGGAAGCUCUACAUCCUCUUCGAACUUUCCAGAGGACAUAUUGCUCGUGCAAAGGAUAUUUUCUUUCGCGCUAUGCGUGCCUGUCCCUGGUCAAAGCAGAUACUCAUGCUCGCCUUCAGCCAUCUUCGCGCAGAUCUCAUCAAGGAGCAAAAGAAACAAGAUUCAGCCCCUACGCAGAAACCCACGGAGGAAGGAAUGUCUUUCGAGGAAUUACGCCGCGUGUAUAACGUCCUUGUGGAGAAGGAAUUGCGCCUUCAUGUCGACAUCGAAGAUGUACUGGAGGAUAUAGAAGAUCAGAUGGAACAGAAGAGGACGAUGCAGGGACAGCAGGGGAUGAACACCGAUCCUAUCAACAUGCCAGAGGACCCAGAUAGUGAGCAGGACAUUAUGUAGCGAAUGUAAACUGGAGUAAAUGGCAUCUAUGUGUGAUCAUGCGCCAUUACUUGGCGUUACUAAAC